GCGCGGCAGGAAACCUCUCAUUUCAGCCGCUUUUCCUAGCGUGGUCGCUGCUUCCAGUCCGUUCAGAAUAAUGGCGACAGCUGAAAUAUUGAACAUUGGUAAGAAACUCUAUGAGGGUAAAACAAAAGAAGUGUAUGAAUUGUUAGAUAGUCCAGGAAAAGUUCUUCUGCAGUCCAAGGACCAGAUUACAGCAGGAAAUGCAGCCCGAAAGAAUCAUCUGGAAGGAAAAGCUGCAAUCUCCAAUAAAAUUACCAGUUGUAUUUUUCAGUUGUUACAAGAAGCAGGUAUCAAAACUGCUUUCACCAGAAAAUGUGGAGAAACAGCUUUCAUUGCGCCCCAGUGUGAAAUGAUUCCAAUUGAAUGGGUUUGUAGAAGAAUAGCAACUGGUUCUUUUCUCAAAAGAAAUCCUGGUGUCAAGGAAGGAUAUAAGUUUUACCCACCAAAAGUGGAGAUGUUUUUCAAGGAUGAUGCCAAUAAUGAUCCACAGUGGUCUGAGGAACAGCUAAUUGCUGCAAAACUUUGCUUUGCUGGAGUUACUAUAGGCCAAACUGAAGUGGACAUCAUGAAUCAUGCUACACAAGCUAUUUUUGAAAUACUGGAGAAAUCCUGGUUGCCCCAGAACUGUACAUUGGUUGAUAUGAAGAUUGAAUUUGGUGUUGACAUAAUCACCAAAGAAAUUGUUCUUGCUGAUGUUAUUGAUAAUGAUUCCUGGAGACUCUGGCCAUCAGGGGAUCGAAGCCAGCAGAAAGACAAACAGUCUUACCGUGACCUCAAAGAAGUAACUCCUGAAGGGCUCCAAAUGGUAAAGAAAAACUUUGAGUGGGUUGCAGAGAGAGUAGAGUUGCUUCUGAAAUCAGAAAAUCAGUGCAGGGUUGUAGUACUGAUGGGUUCAACUUCUGAUCUCGGCCACUGUGAAAAAAUCAAGAAGGCUUGUGGAAAUUAUGGAAUUCCCUGUGAACUUCGGGUAACAUCUGCCCAUAAAGGACCAGAUGAAACAUUGAGGAUUAAAGCUGAGUAUGAAGGGGAUGGCAUUCCUACUGUAUUUGUGGCAGUGGCAGGCAGAAGCAAUGGUUUGGGCCCAGUGAUGUCUGGUAACACUGCAUAUCCAGUUAUCAGCUGUCCUCCCCUCACAUCAGACUGGGGAGCUCAGGAUGUGUGGUCUUCUCUUCGAUUACCCAGUGGUCUUGGCUGCUCCACCAUACUUUCUCCAGAAGGAUCAGCUCAGUUUGCAGCUCAGAUAUUUGGAUUAAACAACCAUCUGAUAUGGGCCAAACUGCGAGCAAGCAUACUGAACACAUGGAUUUUCUUGAAGCAGGCUGACAGGAAAAUCAGAGAACAUAGUUUAUAAGAAAGAAUAUGUCAUUUCAUUUUUUUAGGCAAAAAAAUACAAAUUUCUAGUUCAGCUGCAGAAGAAAAAGCAAGAUGAAAAGAUGAUUUUAGAUCAGAAAACAAUUUAUUAGUGAAUAAACACUUCUAGAUGGAUGGAUUAAAAGUUCAUCUGUUCAUAUUAAUAUUCCUUCAUUGGUAGUGAAAUUAUUGUAGAAACAUUUUCAAAUUAAUCUCUUACCCCACUAUAUGACCAUUGUUAGGUAACAUUUUUUAAAUGCUAAUAAAAUCCUAUUAUAAAGCUCCAAA